CGCGCUAACGGCCGGAGGUGAGGGGGCGCCGGGGGGCGGGCGGCGGCGGCGGCCCAUGUGGAGCGGCCGCGGGGCGGGGGGGCGACGGGCAGCAGGAGAAGGAAGAGAAGAAGGCGCCGGGUCCAGGACGAGCCCGGGACGAAGAGGACGAGGAGGGGGAAGGCGAGGCCCGAGCCGCGCCGCCGGGCCCUGCACGCAGCCAGCGCGGACGGCGGGUAACGGCCAGGCCCGGCCGCGCCAUGAAGGGUAGCCGGAUCGAGCUGGGAGAUGUGACGCCACACAACAUUAAGCAGCUGAAGAGGCUAAACCAGGUCAUUUUUCCUGUGAGCUACAAUGACAAGUUCUACAAGGAUGUACUGGAGGUUGGCGAACUAGCCAAAUUAGCCUACUUCAAUGAUAUUGCAGUGGGAGCAGUGUGCUGUAGGGUGGAUCACUCCCAGAACCAGAAGAGACUGUACAUCAUGACACUUGGAUGCCUGGCACCCUACCGAAGGCUAGGAAUAGGAACUAAAAUGUUGAAUCAUGUCUUAAACAUCUGUGAAAAAGAUGGCACUUUUGACAACAUCUAUCUGCAUGUCCAGAUCAGCAAUGAGUCAGCAAUUGACUUCUACAGGAAGUUUGGCUUUGAGAUCAUUGAGACGAAGAAAAACUACUACAAGAGGAUAGAGCCCGCAGAUGCUCACGUGCUGCAGAAAAACCUCAAAGCCCCUUGUCUUGGCCAGAACGCAGAUGUGCAAAAGACCGACAACUGAACAAAACCCCAACGAACACUUUCUUGCACUUGCUUGUCGCCAAAUAAGGAAAGAGAGGCCUAUUGAUUUUUUUUUUAUUCCACCCCUUAAUUUUUUUUAUCUUGACCUCUCUCCAACAAAAUGUAAUGCUUCUUCCAAGGAUUGUCAGAUCAUGGGGUUUUUUUUUGAUCUUUUUAUUUUUAGGGGUGGGAAGAGGUGUGCAGAUCUCUUUAGUCUGAGGUGCAGAGGGCUUGAGCAGGUUAUCCUGAUGACAAGCUUCCUUCAGAGAAUUAAUCUCUUUCAGUAAGCAGAAUGUAAAUCUGAGGUGGGGGGGGAAAGGAACAGCAAUAUCUCGUCCUUUGAUUCCUACAUGAUCAUGUUUUUUAUAACCUACAGGGUACUUUACUCCCCCCAGCCUUUGAAUGUUACUUCAGUACUUCCCACACUUCCUCUUAAUUCCCCCCACCUCAAAAAAAAGUAUUUUUAGUUUUUUCCCAAUAUUUUUGAGUAUGGCUUUUUCCUCCAUCUUUUGCUGAGAAGGGCGGGCUACUUUACCAUACCUUUUUACUCUGCCUGGGCUGAUCUUUUUGAAUGCGCUUUUUUUUUUUUUUUAAAUAAUCCUCACCCAAGCUGGUGCUACAUUUCUUAACUGACUAAGAGGAGGGUUUAGAGUGGUCUUUGUUUUUUCUUAUCUUCACUUAUCAAAUUCCCAGCAGACUUCUGCCAGAGUAAGAGCUAUAGCUGGUGUUGGCAAGAGAAAAAAGAAUCCUGAGGCAAGAUCCUUGUUCUAAAAAUGGGUGAAACGCUGUCGGGCUCAUUGAAAGUUAGUUUUACCUGUGUUGUUGGAAUGGGAAGAGUGAUUGUGACCAUCUUACUUGCUUUGAUCACAUAAGGCAAGCACCCGUCUCCAGGUAAAUCUGCUACGGAUACUAAAUCUGUGGUGGCAAAUCCGAGAUGAGGAAAUCUGAGAUGAGGCAAGGGUUGAGGAAGCCAGGCAGCAGGGUUGAGAACAUAAGUAAGAAUCUGACCCUAAUCACAUAGCUUUGCAUGGGUCUCCUGGAUUUGCUUGGGAGUGGCUUGGCUUGCUGUGUUUGUGCUCCUUCGGGAGGAGGUGGUUUAAAAACUGCACGUUUUGCCCCUUUGAAGAUUCUUUUCCCCUUUUCCCCUUCAGCUGUAAUAAUGCAGUUCUCCUCUCUUCAGAGGGUGUUCAUGGAGCACUGGAGAAAGCAGUAUAUUCUAGACCAUUUUACGGGUUUAGAAAAAUAAGCUGAACGGCUUCUUCCUAGUACUGUAACCUCCAAGCUACAGUAAGCUCUGUUAAGCUCCGCUUUGCAUCCUUCCACGCUUUCUUUGUGUGACCAUCAGUGCUCCUUUCUAUGCACUGUUGGCAGCAGUUUUACGUAUGCCAGUACAAAUACCAACUUGAGCUUGGACUCUUCUCCAAGCAGCUGGGAAAGUGCACUGAGCUGAGACAACACCAACCUGCCCCAUUCCCCAAGUAGAUACAGAACUGCAUUCCUUUCCUGUUUGAGUUUAAGUUUGAUCCUGCAUCUUGAAUUCCUCCACUUCGAAAGCCUCCAACCUGUAGUGCGCACUGCAGCAUACAUCUUGGUAGUAGGUGCUGUCCAGUCGUUUGAGGGUGACUUGGGAACCAAGGGUUUUGAGGUGAGAGCUGUCGUAAGGGAAGGGAUGGCACCCCUCAUCGCACACUGUGUGGUCUGUGCUGCCUGAGGGGUGACUGUACAAGCUGCUCCAGAACUGCUGCUCCUUUCCCAGAGGUGUGGAGUGUUUAUCUGGACAGACCUAUGCUGGGAAACAGCUACUCUCUUUGCUGGGUUUGCACUAAUUGAGUCUUGGUGAUGGGCAGAUGUCUAACAACAGAAGCCCCUCUGCAUGGCCUGGGCACCUGUGUUUGCAACACUUGGUAGCAGGCUCUGGCCAGGAAGCUGCACGCCAGUUUCUUUGGCCAGAGGCAGCCUACUGAUGACAAAAGCUUAUUUUUAGGACCUGCUUGCACUGGUGGUGUUGGCGGUUCCGGCAUCUUUCUAGAAGGGGAUGUACUGAAGCACAAUUAGCUUGUCAUAUGCCAGCAUAGUUUCCCUGGCCAUCUGUAGACCAAAUCAAGAGAAGUAUGUGGCAGGAGGGAGAGAGAUAGUAUUGUACUUGAGGAUGUUUGCGCAGCACAGCUGUAACUCAGACCAUAGCUGCCUCUGGUGCCAAGCAAAGUGCUCUUCAUUCUUCUAGAACUAAGUGGUAAGUGUUUGGGUUGGGUAGAUGGGUGUGGGGAUAUGAACUCUUAGGAUUUGCUGUUGUCGUAGGCUUCCACGAAUCGGUGUGUUUCACAGACAGUUUUCCUUCAGGUUUAAAAGUACGAGUCUGAUGUCUGAACUUACUUGGAUUAACCUUUGUUUCUGUCUCUUUUUGCUUUGGGCUGCCAUCAUUCUAUGAAUGUAUCCCUGAAAACAAUUCUUAGAGCUCCUAUUCCACAGCAAACCUGCCUCAUUGUAACUUCUGAUGAAAUGUAUUGUAGGUGAGGUGGACGAAAGAGUAACCACGCAUCCAAGACUCCUUUUCCCAGGCUAUUAAUCCUGGAAAACGGUUGUUGAAUCUUGAAAACAAGGUUUAAUCUACAUCUCUUAGAAAGCUGUGUUCCCUGUACAUGGAGGAGAGUGAAGGUCAGUCCUUCUGAAUGACAAACAGUUGCGUUAGUGUAUCGGCUGUGUGGCUGUAGGAGGACAAUGCCGUAGUGCUGUUUUCCAGAGACACUGAAACUGCGUGAAGCGUGAGCUUACUGCAGAGAACUUCAGUUACUUUAUUUUCUGCUGCAACGAGACCUCCUUGUAGCUCAAAAAUGAUGACUUAUAACGGCUUACGAACAAAUACAUUUUUUUUUUAAGUUAGGAGUUUAAGUGGAGAGGGGAAAAAAAAAAAGCCACCAGCAUUUCCUGUUCUGGAUGAAGAUGUAGCAAGAAAAAGGUAUGCAACUAGCAGCUAUAGAGCAUAAGGUGUGUAUAAAAGCGUUAUUCCUGAACCUCUGCAACCGGUUUUGUCGUACAUGGAUUGAAGUAUGAAGAUGAUGCCUACAAAGAGACUCCUACUGGAGGACACCAUGGUACAGGGGAAAAAGAAUCAUCCAGGAGAGAUAAUCCCUCAUUUUUGGGAGGGGGAAGGGAGAGAAUUUAUUUUGUGUAUACAGAAACUGGCUGAGUUUACAUGAUGCAGCUAAUGGUUAAACCUGCCAACUAAAUAUGACAUACUGUUACAAUUGAAACAAACUUAUGUGAUAUUUUGUUAAUUCUUGAUGGUGCCCUGUGAUGUCUAGUAAAAAUUUGAUCCCCCCCAAACAUCCAUUGUUAUAUUCUCCCCCAUGUUGUAAUCCAGGGUCAGCUGCUAUCCACAAAGUCUGUGUUUUGUAAAGUGUUUGCUGACUUGGAUGUUUCUUUUGAAUCUGCGACUGCUUCCUGAUUAAUUUGGCUGAGACCACCCCUGGUCUCUUGAGUUUCAAUUUAGUUCAAGGUAUGCUGUUUGCAGUUUACAAAUGCAUUCUCAAUGUUACAAUUUAAGUUGCAGGGGGAGCAAAUUCUUUACAAAUAAGAUGGUCCAUUUUUAAUCUAUAUCAUUGCCCUUGUUGUACAUCAGGAGCAUGUUUUUGUUUUUCUCAAACUCUUUAGAAAUACCGUUCAGAAUAAACGUGCACUAUUUGAGUUAUGUCA